AUGCUUCACCUCAUCUUUCUUCGACUAUGUCUUCUGAUCGUACCAGCGCUUGCUGGGAUGACCAAAACCGGCACUCUCUGCACCGUUACCCCGUCCGGCUCCAAGGAUGAUAGUCCUUCCAUCAUGGACGCCUUCAAACAAUGCGGUCAGAACGGUCAGAUCGAAAUUACAAAAGGCGACUACACCAUCGGUAAAGUCAUGGACAUCUUGACCCUCAAGAACUGUGACAUUUCUAUCCGUGGCAAAUUGACCUGGAGCGACGAUAUUCAGUAUUGGGUGCGCAAUAGUGUUGGCGUGACAUACGCUCAGCGGAGUACAGCUUUUCGUCUUGGUGGUGAAAACUUCACUUUGUUAGGCCACGGCGAAGCGCUCUUCUUCGGCAACGGGCAAAAGUGGUAUGAUGUAAAUCGUGAUGGAAGCAACAUGCCCGGCAGACCGAUCAGUUUGACGCUUUGGCAAGCAAAGAAUGUAUGGGUUGAUGGAAUUACCUGGAGGCAGUCACAGUUCUGGCAUACAUUCGUCGCCCACUCUCAAAACAUAACGAUGACAAAUCUUGACAUGAAUGCCACCUCAUCUUCGCAGUGGGGUACUGUCAACACUGAUGGCUUCGAUAGCUGGAACUCGCAAGACAUCGUACUGAAGAACUGGGUUGUAACAUGCGGCGAUGACUGCAUAUCCGUCAAAGGCAACAGUAAGAACAUCUAUGUCAAAAACGCAACCUGCUACGAAUCCGGUGCCAUGGUCAUCGGAUCCAUGGGCAACCCCACGAACGUCCCCGAGACCGUUGACGACGUCGUUUUCGAAGAUAUCACUGCAAUUCAUAGUUCCAAUGCGGCCUGGAUCAAGACGUAUCCCGGCCAGGGCCAUGUCAGAAAUGUUACCUUCCGCAACAUCAAGUUUCAAGACGUCAACCAACCCAUAUAUGUUUCGCCGUGUAUCUACAGUUACCAGAACUGUGAUUCGAGUCGAUUGAAAAUCAGCGACAUCACGUGGGAGAACAUUACGGGUACAUCGAGAUAUAACGUUGCUGCAGGUAUCUACUGCAGUCGCAGCGCGCCUUGCACGGGUUUGAAGUUCAAGAACAUCGACAUCAAGCCUAAGAAUGGGGGUACUGCGAAGAUACUGUGUUCAAACAUGAACAGCGACAGUGGAUUGGCAUGUACCGGGACGUGCCCAGCGGGAUGGAAACAGCAGUUGAGCGGGAAUGCGUGA